AUCAAUGUGGUAAAGCAUUUGCAUAUCAUAGUCUUCUUCAAAUGCAUGAAAGAACACAUACUGGAGAGAAACCCUAUGAAUGUAAUCAAUGUGGUAAAGCCUUUGCACGUUAUAGUCAUCUUCAAAGGCAUGAAAGAACACAUAUGGGAGUGAAACCCUAUGAAUGUAAUCAAUGUGAUAAAGCCUUUGCAUGUUAUAGUUAUCUCAAAAUACAUAAAAGAACACAUACUGGAGAGAAACCCUAUCAAUGUAAUCAAUGUGGUAAAGCCUUUGCACGUCAUAGUAGUCUCAAAAUACAUAAAAGAACACAUACUGGAGAGAAACCCUAUGAAUGUAAUCAGUGUGAUAAAGCCUUUGCUCAUCACAAUUCUCUUAAAUGGCAUAAAAGAAUACAUACUGGAGAGAAACCCUAUGAACGUAAUCAAUGUGGUAAAGCCUUUGCACAACAAGGUCAUCUUCAAAGACAUAAAAGAACACAUACUGGAGAGAAACCCUAUGAAUGUAAUCAAUGUGGUAAAGGCUUUGCUCAUCACAGUUAUCUCAAAAUACAUAAAAGAACACAUACUGGAGAGAAACCCUACCAAUGUAAUCAGUGUGAUAAAGCCUUUGCUCAUCACAAUUCUCUUCAAUGGCAUAAAAGAACACAUACUGGAGAGAAACCCUAUGAAUGUAAUCAAUGUGGUAAAUCCUUUGGACAACAAAGUGAUCUUCAAGUGCAUAAAAGAAUACAUACUGAAGAGAAACCCUAUGAAUGUAAUCAAUGUGGUAAAGUCUUUGCACAACAAGGUCAUCUUCAAAUGCAUGAAAGAACACAUACUAGAGAGAAACCCUAUGAAUGUAAUCAAUGUGGUAAAGCCUUUGGAUGUCACAGUUAUCUCAAAAUACAUAAAAGAAUACAUACUGGAGAGAAACCCUACGAAUGUAAUCAGUGUGGUAAAGCCUUUGCAUAUCAUAGUUAUCUCAAAAUACAUAAAAGAACACAUACUGGAGAAAAACCCUAUGAAUGUAAUAAAUGUGGUAAAGCCUUUGUAUGUCACAGUCAUCUUCAAAUGCAUGAAAAAAUACAUACUGGAGAGAAACCCUAUGAGUGUAAUCAAUGUGGUAAAGCAUUUGCAUAUCACAGUUAUCUCAAAAUAC